AUGGUGGUGAAGCUCUCAAAAGCGGAGAAGAAGGUCCGCUACGACAAGAAGUUGUGCUCGCUUCUAGACGAGUACGGGAAGGUCCUAAUCACCGCCGCCGACAAUGUUGGGUCCAACCAGCUCCAAAGCAUCCGCAGGGGCCUCCGCGGUGACUCCGUCAUCCUCAUGGGCAAGAACACCCUCAUCCGCCGCUGCAUCCGCUUCCACACCGAGAAGACAGGCAACAAGGACUUCCUCAACCUCCUCCCCCUUCUCGGGAAUGUGGGAUUGAUAUUCACAAAGGGCGAUCUUAAGGAAGUUAGCGAGGAGGUUGCCAAGUACAAGCUAUUUUAUGUUGGAUAUUACAAUGAUCAGAGUUUUGGGUCAAGUGAUCAAUAUUUGUUGGUUGAGGUUUUCCAUUUUGCAAGCAUUGAUAAUGAGAAGGCAGUCAAGCUUUAUGAAGUUCCACUCGUGAAAUUCUUGGAGCAGAAAUAG